AUGGGUUCAGGCCCCCGGCUGCCGCCGCCCCUGGGACUGUGCCUGGGGCUCUGCAUGCUGGUGCUUUCCGCGGGGGCCUCGGGGGUCCGCAAGCGAGGCCCCACGGUGACGGCCAAGGUUUUCUUUGAUGUGAGGAUCGGAGACAAAGAUGUUGGCCGGAUAGUGAUUGGCCUCUUUGGAAAAGUUGUGCCCAAGACGGUGGACAAUUUUGUCGCUUUGGCCACGGGGGAGAAAGGAUAUGGAUAUAAAGGAAGCAAAUUUCAUCGUGUCAUCAAAGAUUUCAUGAUUCAAGGAGGAGACUUCACCAACGGAGAUGGCACUGGCGGUAUAAGCAUUUACGGCGAGACAUUUCCAGAUGAGAACUUCAAACUAAAGCAUUAUGGCAUUGGGUGGGUCAGCAUGGCCAAUGCUGGGCCUGACACCAAUGGCUCUCAGUUCUUCAUCACCUUGACCAAGCCCUCCUGGUUGGACAGCAAACAUGUGGUAUUUGGAAAAGUCAUCGAUGGCAUGACAGUGGUCCACUCCAUAGAACUUCAGGCAACUGAUGGGCAUGACCGCCCACUCACCGACUGCACCAUCGUCAACAGUGGCAAGAUAGACGUGAAAACACCCUUUGUGGUUGAGGUCCCCGACUGGUAA